CGGUGCCUCCCUCAGCCAUGGACCCCCGUCGGCUCACCCGGGCGCUGGUGCUGCUGGGCCCGGCCUUGGCGCUCGCCCUAGGCCCUGCCCUCGCCCAGGAAGCACCCGAGAAGCUGUGCGGCCACCACUUCGUGCGCGCGCUGGUGCGGCUGUGCGGGGGCCCGCGCUGGUCCCCCGAGGAUGGGCGACCUGUGGCUGGCGGCGACCGUGAGCUGCUACAGUGGCUGGAAGGACAACAUCUCCUCCAUGGGCUGAUGGCCAGUGAGGACCCCGUGCUGGUACUUGCCCCACAGCCCCUGCCCCAGGCCUCUCGCCAUCACCACCACCGCCGCCACCGGGCAGCUGCCACCAACCCUGUCCGUCACUGCUGCCUCAGUGGCUGCACCCGGCAAGACCUGCUGACCCUCUGUCCCCACUGAACCCUCCUGGGGUGUGGACUUGGGGGAACCCGAGACCCACAGGGGUCCAGUCUGGUGAACUCCUAAUGCCACACAGCACCAUGAAGCCCCAGUUCUGGGUGGACUUUGUUGAUUACCUCCUAGGACAAGGCGCUCGCCACCUCACCGAGGCCACCUGUCCUCUGGGGGGCCAACUGAGGAAAACACCAGAUCCCAAACCUGGCUUGGAGGAUCCUUGGUUUUGUGGAGAUGCCAGACACCUGUUCUCAAAUGUUCUCACCUCAGAGGAGCCCCAGUUACCCCGCUCCCUGCAUUUGACACCCCUCUUGCUGUCUUAUCAAUAGUAAAUAAAUAAGAUGCCUGCA